AUGAAUGUUCUUGUGUAUAAUGGACCAGGAGCGUCUCCAGACUCUGUUAAACAUACACUCGUGUCGUUGAGACGCUUAUUGGAGCCAUUUUACGCCGUUAGCACCGUUAAUGCCAAAAUCCUAAAAACGGAACCCUGGGCAGGCAAGACAUCGGCAGUGGUCUUCCCCGGCGGUGCUGAUCUGCCAUACACCAAGGAAUGUGCUUCCGUUAUGCCACAGAUCAAAAAAUUUGUUUCCAAGCAGGGUGGGUCGUUCAUUGGCUUCUGUGCAGGUGGAUAUUUCGCCACAGAUCGGGUUGAAUUCGCACUUCGAGACCCCCAGCUCGAGGUUGUCGGUACUAGGGACUUGAAGUUUUUUCCUGGGGUUGGCAGAGGCCCAGCGUUCCACGGCUUCAAGUAUAACAGCGAGGCAGGAGCCCGUGCAGCUAAUCUGAAGAUUCCCAACGGUGAGGAAUUCAAAACUUAUUAUAAUGGUGGGUGUGUUUUCGCAGAUGCAGAGAAAUUUGAUAAUGUUGAGGUUCUCGCACGCUACUCUGAACCGUUGGACGUUCCGUUUUCGCAAAAUGGUGAAGGAUUGGGUGCAGCCGUAGUUUUAUGUCAUGUUGGCAAAGGAAAAGCGCUCUUAACAGGCCCACAUCCCGAAUAUGUUCCAAUUUUACUGCAAAAAAUGCACGAUCGUGAUUACAACUCCUCGGUGGCUGAUGUCCUGAUGGAACAUGAGACCAGCAGGCUGAAGUUCAUGAAAGAUAUGCUAACUAAGCUAGGUUUACACUGCAACAAUGAUUUUGCAGAAAGAACAGCGCCCAGUCUAACUCCACUACUCGUGGUGUCUCCCAACAAGACACAAUUACUUGGAGAGCUCGAGAAAAACCUGGCAGAGAGCGAUGCGGUUGUUGAGAAUGAUGUCACCAUCCUAAAAGGGGAAACCGACACAUUUCGCAUUUACAGAGGCUUUGACAGAUACGGCGUUGCAAGCCGUGAAUUGCUUGAUCGAGAGCCGGACGAGGUUGUAAAAACUAUUAUACUCUCUUCGGCUGAAGAGCCCAACGCUCCACCUGGCCUCACUCCAAAUUUUGACACUGAAAAAUACUUCCAGCAUUUGAACCCAUCGACAUCGGUGGGGUCGUUGUUGAUGUAUGGCGAGAUCAUAACUUCGUCAAGUGCGUUGCUGAACAACAACAAAAAGCUUUUGAGUCUUUUUCCCGCCACGUCGACUCUGCAUGUAGGCACAAUUCAGGUUUCGGGCCGUGGGCGUGGUGGAAAUGUGUGGAUUAAUCCCAAAGGCGUUUCUGCCUCCACAGCGUGCGUCAAUCUUCCUUUGAAAUCACCAACAACUGGUCGGCCAAUAUCUAUAGUCUUUGUCCAGUACCUCGCGAUGCUAGCGUACUGCAAAGCUAUCUUGGGAUAUGCAUCAGGUUUUGAAGACCUACCGGUAAAAAUAAAAUGGCCAAACGACUUGUACGCAAUGAAACCAGACUACUACCGCUCCAAAAAUACUAAGUUGACUGGCAAGGGUAUGGAAGGAAGCAAGGUACCGUUAAGUGAGCUAGAGCCAGCUUACGCCAAGAUAUCGGGUCUGCUAGUGAACACGAACUUCAUUAAUAACCAAUAUUCUUUGCUACUUGGCUGUGGUUUGAAUGUAUCGCACGAUGGACCAACCACCUCGCUCAAUUCGUGGGUCAAGAUUUUAAAUCAAGAGCGGGAGAGUUCUCACAUGCCUUUACUACCUGAAGUCGAGGUAGAAAAAUUACAAGCACUGUACAUGAACAACUUGGACCUGCUAAUCAAAGAAUUCAUCAACUAUGGGGUUGACCGCAUGCUACCUGAAUAUUACAAGCUAUGGCUGCACACAGACCAAAUUGUGACUCUCACCGACCAUCAAAAUAUCCGUGCCCAAUUGGUGGGCAUUACGAAGGAUUACGGGCUGCUCAUCGCUAAAGAAUUAGCCUCCGGUUCCAAUACGCAGUUUACCGGUAACGUAUACCAUUUGCAGCCUGAUGGAAACACAUUUGACAUUUUUAAGGGCUUAAUAUCCAAGAAAGUUAUUUGA